AUGACAGAAACUAAAUUUCAUCCUGCUCUUGCCGUUAACAACGUCAAGAACUUCAUUUCUAUCACUCUUGAGAUGGAAAAAGGCCACUCCUCUUCCUGGGCAGAGUUAUUUAAAAUUCAUUGCCGAGCAUACCAAGUCAUCGACCACAUCAUCCCUCCUACUCAACGGACUUCUGAGCCAGCCAAGGAAAAGGCAGUCGCACGUGAUGACGAACUUUGGUCACACCUGGAUGCUAUAAACCGGAUUCUACUGCUCAACAAGCAUGGGAGCGAUUGCAUAAUAUUUUACAAGACAAUAAGAAUUCUCGAGCUGUCUACCUGGAAAAUCAAUUCACUCAUGUUCAUCUGGAUGAUUUUCAAACUGUUUCUGCCUAUUGUCAAGAACUCAAAAUGCUUGCCGAUCAACUAUCAAAUGUUGGUGCACCAGUAUCGAAUAAACGGAUUGAUUCUCGAAGAAACCCGUAAGGCCAAGCAAACUGCAGCCUCUGCUAGUGCUGCAGGUAUAGCCCUUUUCACUGCCAAUAAUUCUACUAAUGAAUCCAAGGGUUCAUAUUCUGGCUCAGUCAAUGCACUAAACCGUCAUAACACUACUUCGAAACGUGGACAGAAUCGCAAUAACAAUCGGGGCAAAGACAAUGGCAAUAGAGGGCGUGGUCGUAGUGGCAAUAACCAUGCUAAUGGUGGCAGCAACCACACACAGCAGUCGCAACAGCGAACAUGGCAACAACAGCCACAACAAUGGGGACAGUAUCCACUAUGGGGUUGGGCACCGCAGCCUUGGGCAGACCCUCCAUGUCCGUACCCUACCUCUUCUUGGACUCGGCCACCACCAGCUCGUCAGCCUAGUAUCCUUGGCAAUCGUCCACAGCAAGCUUAUGCAGCCUCUGUACCAACUUCUUCAAGUUAUGAUCCAACUGAAAUUGAACAAGCAAUGCAUACUAUGACUCUUAAUACUCCUGAUACGAAUUGGUACAUGGACACCGGUGCAACCUCACACAUGACGGCCUCUCCAAGUAAUCUUUCGUCUUAUUUUAAUAUGAGCAAUUCCAAAACUAACCUACCUCCUCCUCACCCCCCUUUACAUUUAAACAAUGUCCUUCAUGCACCUAAACUCAUUAAAAACUUAAUAUAUAUGUGUCGUUUCACAAUCGACAAUAAUAUAUCUAUUGCUUUUGAUCCUUUUGGAUUUUCUGUGAAGGAUUUUUAGACGAGGAUGCCAAUAAUGAGAUGUAAUAACACUGGGGAUCUUUAUCCUAUCACCAUAACCCUAACCUAUCGUGCCACCUCCCCAUCCACCUUUGUCGUUUUUUGUCUGGUUCUAUGGCAUAAUCGCUUAGGACACCUAGGACCACCUGUUUUACACUCUCUUCAGAAUAAUCAGUUUAUUGAUUGUAAGCAUUUUUCUUACACCUCAGUUUUUCAGUCUUGUAUUUUUGGGAAACAAGUCAGGUUACCUUUUUAUGACUCGUCUUCUUG